AUCGAACCCUCGUCUACCAAAGACUGGUAUUUUAUUUUUCAUAGAGAAACCCUGAGACAAAAGCCUCCAUAGCAGAGUACCCUUUCUUCUCCGCUCAUCUUCAUCGAGGGUAAAAAUGCGAGCCCUCCUCCUUCGCACCUUAAAGCAGCUCUCCAUCAACGCCGACUCCAAAACGACGCAGUUUCGCCACCUCUCCCCUUUCCUCAAACCCUAUUCCACUCAAGAUGAAAGCGGCGGCGGCGGCACCAAAGACCCGGAUUGGGCGGCGCAUUUCGGUGGAACCAAGUCCUCCGGUGCCGACUCAUUGGGCUGGGAUGUCGGCGGUUCGUCCUGGUCGACUGGGAUGACGAAGGAGCACUUCGACGGCGAGGUAAUUGGGCAGAAGGUGGCUCCGGAUCCGGGCCAAAAUCAGCCGGCUCCGAGUGGUCCGGUUCGACCCGUUUCGGGCGGUAUGGGUCAGUCGGGUCGGGGCAAGUGGUAUUCAGAUGCCAGGUGGACGGAGCAGGAGAUGGCGAAAAUGAAGCAGUUGGAAGCUGAGCAGCGUAAGAGUAAGGCGUUUAUAGAUGGCUGGGAUGAUAAAGUGAAUGAUAUGACAGUGUUGAUGAAACAGGUGAGGGAGCCUGGUGCAAGAGGCUCAUACUUGAAGGAUUCAGAGAAAGCAGAGAUGUACAAAAAGCACAAAGAGAAUCCAGAGACGUACACCGUGGAAAGGUUGGCAAAGGAUUACAGGGUGAUGAGGCAGCGAGUGCAUGCAAUUUUGUGGCUGAAAGAACUUGAAGAGGAGGAAGAGAAAAAGCUCGGGCACCCAUUGGAUGACUCGGUCGAGCUUUUGCUUGAUACAUGUCCUGAGUUUUUUGUCUCCCACGACAGAGAAUUCCAUGUUGCUUCUCUGCCGUACAAGCCGGAUUUCAAAGUCAUGCCCGAGGGCUGGGAUGGAACCACGCGGGACCCAGACGAGGUGCACUACGAGAUCUCAAUGAAAGAGGAUGAAAUGCUGUACCAAGAAUUCGUCCAGCGGAUGAAUUUCAACAAAAUGAAGAUGGCGAACAAGGUGAAAUGCCAUAAAUACAGCAGGAGGCGCCCAUCUGAAGGCUGGAAUUUCAUGGUGGAGAAAUUGGGUUCGAAAGGCAAACGUGGCAGUGGAGGUGGGUGGAAGUUUGUAAGUGAAGCGGAUGGCUCAACUAGGCCUCUAAAUGACUUUGAGAAAAUGUUCGUCAAACGAGAGACGCCACGUAGGCGCCGGAAGAUCCUCCCUUGAUUGGUCGAUAUUGGGAAAAGGGCAAAAUGGGAAUGUAUACACAAACAAGAACAUCAUUUUGGCUUUCUUGAAUGACCAACUAAAACGGCAUGCAUCUCUCUUAUUUUCUAUGGAUUUGUUACCGUUGCUUUUUUAACUUCACGAUAAAAUUAGGUCAUUUGUACCUCCAAAGAAUGCAAAAUCCAGACGAAUGUUUAGAAUAUUUUGUAGUGAUGAUGUAUGCAGCACAUUGAGGGUUUAUGUGGGAAUCCUAUGGCAGCUUUUCCUUAGUUCGACCGUUUGGACGAUUGUCUCCGAUUUUAAGGUUUUUGGUAGUUUUUGACUGUGUGGAGUAAUAAAGUUUUGUUUGGAUAGAUAAAUAUAUAUGUUUUUUUGGCUA